CGGGGCGACAGGCGUCGGGCCCCCAGGCGGGGCGACAGGCGUCGGGCCCCCAGGCGGGGCGACAGGCGUCGGGCCCCCCGGCGGGGCGACAGGCGUCGGGCCCCCCGGCGGGGCAACAGGCAUCGGGCCCCCAGGCGGGGCAACAUGCAUCGGGCCCCCCGGCGGAGCGGCGGGCGCCGGACCCCCAGGCGGAGCGACAGGUCUCGGGCCCUUAGGCGGAGCGGCGGGCGCCAGACCCCCAGGUGGAGCGACAGGUCUCGGGCCCUCAGGCGGAGCGGCGGGCGCCGGACCCCCAGGCAGGGCGACAGGCAUCGGGCCCCCAGGCGGGGCGACAAG